CAUUGAUCUUAUUCGAUUCGACUCCAUUCAUGGGAAAAAAAGAAUUCUACCAAAAUACUUCCCACGCAGACGAAGUCGCGGGCACAGCUAGUAAUAAAUAUGAAUAUUUUUCAAGAAACCGUAGACAAAUGUGGAUUUUGUUGUAUUACCCUUUAACAAAUUCCUUCUUCUGUUUGUGUAAUUUUAUUAACCCAAUCUGGUGAUAUUUAAGAUAAAUGACGUCAUAUAAGCACAAAAACAAGGCCGCAGCGUGUUUGCGCAAAACUUAAGAGAAUUUGUUUUUUUUUUCCAUAAAAACCUAUUUAUGUAUGCUAAGGAAUUAUCUUAAGAGGAUUUUAACUAUCGAAGAAAUUAAUCACAUUAUAAUAAAUUGUCCAGGACCCUAUUCAAUUUUAAUAUAAUUUCAUUAUUUUUAUUCAAUAAGGCUUAUAAUAUUAAUAAUUCCACUCAUCACUUAAAUUAUUUUGUAAAUUGAAUUACGAUCGAGGAAAUAAUUAACAGAAGCUUCAGUGCUAUUUCCGGGGCACUACACGAUAGAAAUUGUGUAACUGUAUCAAACAGUAAUAUGGUAGUUCAAAUUACUCCUCAGAAAUUCUUUCAUGAUAACAACGUAGAUGAUGACAUACGAAGCUUUGUAUUGUGUCUUGAUAUAACGCAAAAUGCCAUGCUCCUUCGAAAAUACAGCAUACGAAACAAUUUCAUAACUCCCAAUGGAUGGAGAUCAAAUAUGAUUUCCACGGUUGGACUUCUAAGCUAUUUCUUUAUAUAUCAUUAUACUUGUAAUAGUUUUUAUAAAAACAAGGUUUUCUUCGAAAGUGCACUGGGAAAGUAUGCGGCUUUAAAUAAAGUGGUUGUGUUUAUAGUAUUUUCUAUUCAUGUCUUUUCAAAUAUGUUGCAUAGUAAAAAUAAUGUAACGGCUAUUACUAAACUCCAAAACAUCAGGAGGGUAGCCAAAUAUUUAAACAAUGAUUUAAAGCAGCUAAUUAGAUUGAACUGGAUUUGCUUGUUAUUUUAUAUAAUUUUUUUGAUAACAAUUGAGAUCGCAUUAAUAUAUUGUCUCAAAUCAUAUGCCUUUUUUAUUAUUUUAUGUCAUUAUGUUGCGAUAUCUUUUGAAGUAGGAAUAAUAUACUUCGUUUGUUUGGCGAGACUGCUGCGUCAUCUUAUGGCAAAUUGGAUUUUGAAAUGCAAAUACUAUUCUGAAUAUUCUAAUUUUAAAAUUUGUUGUGAUAACAUUAAUAAUUCUCGAUUUUGGAAUAAAUUAUUUAAAGCUUAUUGUGACAUAAUAGAUUCAUACCAAUCUCUUAAGAAAACAGCCACAGUUUCGGUGAGUAAAAUUUUGUUAGAUUGAUCUAACCAACUCUUGGUUAGACCUAUGUGAAACCAAAUUAAUGUCUAGCUAUUAUGUAUUUAAGUUUUAUUUUUCAGAUAAUUAUUUGCUGUGUAUUAACCUUUGAAUUAAGCCUUAUGUUUGUUCACAUGGUCAUAAAAAUUCAUAAAUUCGGACUUAAAGAUGAUAUUUUUAACGAUGUAAGUAGUGUAAUAAUUUAAUUACAUCACAAACUAACAGUAAUAUAACAUGUUAAGAUAAUUUUUAAAAUAAUGGCUAGAACGGAAUGAAAUUAAAUUUACAACAAAAAAUUCCAAUGACAAUUGCAAUGACUCAACGGACUAUAACACGACU